AUGAACUCACAACAAGUACAACAAUAUAAAGAGGAACAAAGAAGACAACAAGAAGAACAAAGACAACAAAUUAUUGAUUCUGUUCUUGAACCAGCAGCAAAAGAAAGACUUGCUAGUAUUGCUCUUGUUAAACCAGAAAAAGCAAGACAAGUAGGUGAUAUGAUUUUGAUGAUGUGUCAACGUGGACAAAUGACUGGAAAAAUCAAUGAGGGUGGAUUAAUUUCAAUGAUUGAUCAAAUCAAUGAAAGUAAGAAUGAAACUAAAGUCACUUUAAUGCAUAAAGGAGACGAUGAAUUAGAUGAUAUUAAUAUUGAUGAUCUUUAA